GCCGCCCCCAACACACCGGAUCCCGCCCAAGCUCGUCUGUCUACUGUCGGUCGGUACGUGCGUGCGCCUCGUCGGUCCGCGUGUGUGUGUGUGUGGCCGAGCGCCCCCUUCCUCUGCGGCCAUGACUCCACCGCCACCGCCGCCCCCACCCCCGGGCCCAGAUCCCGCAGUAGACUCCGCCACAGACCCCUGUCCCGAACCCCAGUCUCUGGUUGUUUUGUUCGGGGCCACUGCUGGUGCGCUGGGGCCGGACUUAGGCACGGACGAGACCGACUUGAUCCUCCUAGUUUGGCAAGUGGUGGAGCCGCGCAGCCGACAGGUGGGGACGCUGCACAAGUCGCUAGUUCGCGCUGAGGCGGCUGCCCUGAGUCCACAGUGCCGCGAGGUGAGCGGACUCAGCGCAGACAGCCUAGCGCGGGCCGAGUCCCUGGACAAGGUGUUGCAGCAGUUCUCACAGCUGGUGAGCAGGGAUGUGGCUCUGCUGGGCGGGGGCCCCUAUGUGCUCUGCACUGAUGGGCAGCAGCUGUUGCGACAGGUUCUGCAUCCUGAGGCCUCCAGGAAGAACCUGGUGCUCCCCGACACCUUCUUCUCCUUCUACGACCUCCGCAGAGAAUUCCAUAUGCAGCAUCCAAGCACCUGCUCCGCCAGAGACCUCACAGUGGGCACCAUGGCACAGGACUUGGGACUAGAAACAGAUGCUACAGAAGAUGACUUUGGGGUCUGGGAAGUGAAGACUAUGGUAGCUGUUAUUCUCCACCUACUUGAGGGGCCCAAUGGUCAGUUGUUCUCGAAGCCAGAGGUGGUAAAGCAGAAAUAUGAGACGGGGCCUUGCAGCAAGGCUGAUGUGGUGGACAAUGAGACUGUAGUACGGGCCCGUGGGUUGCCCUGGCAGUCAUCAGACCAGGAUGUGGCUCGAUUCUUCAAAGGGCUCAACAUUGCCAGGGGUGGUGUGGCCCUCUGUCUCAACGCCCAGGGCCGCAGAAAUGGCGAGGCCCUCAUCCGAUUCGUGGACAGCGAGCAGCGGGACCUAGCGCUGCAGAGACACAAACACCACAUGGGUGUCCGCUAUAUUGAGGUAUAUAAAGCCACAGGGGAGGAAUUUGUAAAGAUCGCAGGGGGCACAUCACUAGAGGUGGCCCGUUUUCUAUCACGGGAAGAUCAAGUGAUCCUGAGGCUACGGGGACUGCCCUUUUCAGCCGGGCCAACAGAUGUUCUAGGUUUCCUGGGGCCAGAAUGCCCAGUGACUGGGGGUGCUGAUGGGCUGCUCUUUGUGCGCCACCCUGAUGGCAGGCCUACUGGGGAUGCCUUUGCUCUCUUUGCCUGUGAGGAGCUGGCGCAGGCUGCUCUGCGCAGGCACAAAGGCAUGCUGGGUAAGCGAUACAUUGAACUCUUCAGGAGCACUGCAGCUGAGGUGCAGCAGGUCCUUAACCGCUAUGCAACCAGUCCACUCCUUCCCACAUUGACUGCUCCGCUGCUGCCCAUUCCCUUUCCACUGGCAGGAGGAACUGGGAGGGACUGUGUACGCCUUCGAGGCCUGCCCUACACAGCCACCAUUGAAGACAUUCUGAGUUUCCUAGGAGAGGCAGCAGCUGACAUACGGCCUCAUGGUGUGCACAUGGUGCUCAACCAACAGGGCCGGCCAUCUGGUGAUGCCUUCAUCCAGAUGAUGUCAGUGGAGCGUGCUCUGGCUGCUGCCCAGCGGUGCCACAAGAAGAUGAUGAAAGAACGCUACGUGGAAGUAGUCCCUUGUUCCACAGAGGAGAUGAGUCGUGUGCUGAUGGGGGGUUCAUUGAGCCGCAGCGGCAUGUCCCCUCCACCCUGCAAACUGCCCUGCCUCUCACCACCUACCUACGCCACCUUCCAGGCCACCCCAGCCCUCAUUCCCACAGAGACGACAGCACUAUAUCCCUCAUCUGCACUGCUUCCGGCUGCCAGGGUACCCGCUGCUGCCACUCCUCUUGCCUACUACCCAGGGCCAGCCACUCAACUCUACAUGAACUACACCGCCUACUACCCCAGCCCCCCUGUCUCUCCCACUACUGUGGGCUACCUCACCACACCUCCUACUGCCUUGGCCUCUACGCCCACCACAAUGUUGUCACAGCCAGGAGCCCUGGUCCGAAUGCAAGGGGUCCCAUACACAGCUGGUAUGAAGGAUCUGCUCAGUGUCUUUCAAGCCUAUCAGCUGGCUCCUGAUGACUAUACCACUCUGAUGCCUGUUGGUGACCCACCUCGAACAGUGUUACAAGCCCCCAAGGAGUGGGUGUGUUUGUAGAUAGAAGAGGAAACCAGGAAGCAAAAUGAGCUGAAGUAGCCAGCUAACAAGCCUGAGUCCAGAGCAACUCGAUCCAGCAGCUUCUUUCUGGCUUGUCAAAGCACUCAAAGGCACCUGGAAAAGACCAAACUCAACACCAGUCUCCUUCCUCCCAUAUACCCUUUUCUCUGCCUGCUUACUCUAAGGAUGAUGGAUGGCUACCUUACAGGCGGAGCUGGAGAUGUGAUGCGGCUGUUCUAUUUCUGAUGGUGUGACAGCCAGAAAACCUUCCAUCUGUCUUCCACCCUCAAAUACUGAGUUUGAAGGGUGCACAGCAGGCCUGUGUUUCUGUUAAGGCUUGGUACCUUUAAUAUUUAUGACUGUAGGCAUCAAGUGAGCACUCACUCUCAGGAUACCUGGACUCAGCCAGGGGUGGCUUCACAAUAAGUAUGCUGACCCCUCUCCAACCACGCCAAAGUUGUUUGGGAUGAUAAAUCACUAGCUGACUGGCUCACGCCUGUAACCUCAGCACUCAGGAGGCAGAGACAGGAGAACUGCCUCAAAUUCAAACCCAGCCUGCUUUACAUAGCAAAUUCUAGUCUAGCCAAGGCUGUAUAGCCCCCUACCAUAAACAAAACCCCAAGCUAUUCUAGAUUGUGCUGCUGAACUAUCCCCAGUGAAUACCACCAGAGGGCAGGUAGCACAUGUAAACUCAGGUUAAAGGGGACUUUGCCAACCUUUUCUUGCAACACUUGGAAGACCAGUUGUCCAGAAGCCAGCAAACACCAUGACAUGUCCUUUGCACUGAUUAAAGGGUGCAGAACUCAAGCCUUAGAAGGAAUUUUGAACUGGUCAAGCGGACUUUUAAAAAGCCACAGAGCCUUUGGCCCAGAGGGCUCCACACCAGUUCCAGGUGGAGAGAAACUCAGAUUUCAAGGAGACUGUUAAUCUGUCACUGUUUAUUAUUUCAGCACUGUAACUGAGGAGGAGCCUGAACUGCUGGCUCAUCUUCCCUUUGUAUUUGUAUAAGGAGUACUGCACUCCUAUAAAAGAUUUUAAAAUACAAAAUGUACAAGAAAACACAAUCCCAAGUGCUGUAAACAUAA